CUUGAAUUAGAGGCGAUGCUUUUAUUGUGAAACGUCCAGGCGGAAGUGGUGGUUUUCUGCUGUCAAGAAGGAAAACAAUCAGAGCCACGUCAUUUGAUAUUUGGUCACAAGACAAAAAUGGCCUCGAGCACAAGCGGUGAGGAGGAGCGUAGCCUCCGAGAGUGCGAGCAGUAUGUCCAGAAGCACAACAUCCAGAAGCUGCUCAAGGACUGCAUCAUCCAGCUGUGCACCACCCGGCCCGACCGGCCCCUGGCCUUCCUCAGGGAUCACUUCGACAGACUGGAGAAGCAGGAGGAGGUCCAGCAGAUGUCUUCUCAGAGGAAGUCGAGCUCGCGGUCAGACUCACGCGAGGACGAAGUGUCCCCGCCCAUGAACCCUGUGGUGAGGGGCCGGAACCGGAGAGGAGCCAUCAGUGCCGAGGUGUACACUGAGGAGGACGCCGCCUCCUAUGUCAGAAAGGUUAUCCCAAAAGACUACAAGAGCAUGGCGUCGCUGUCUAAAGCCAUGGAGAAGAAUGUGCUGUUUGCACACCUGGACGACAAUGAGAGGAGUGACAUUUUUGACGCAAUGUUUUCUGUCAACUACAUUGCUGGAGAAACAGUCAUCCAACAAGGUGAUGAGGGGGACAACUUCUAUGUUAUCGACCAGGGAGACAUGGAUAUAUAUGUGAACAAUGAAUGGGUGACCAGCAUUGGGGAGGGGGGCAGCUUUGGGGAACUGGCUCUGAUCUACGGGACCCCUCGAGCAGCUUCAGUCCGGGCCAAGUCUGACGUCAAAUUGUGGGGCAUCGACAGAGACAGCUACAGGAGAAUACUGAUGGGAAGCACUUUGAGAAAGCGCAAAAUGUAUGAGGAGUUCCUCAGCAAGGUGUCCAUUCUAGAGUCUCUGGAUAAGUGGGAGCGUCUGAUGGUGGCCGAUGCCUUGGAGACUGUGCAUUUUGAGGACAGCCAGAAAAUAGUGGUGCAGGGUCAGCCUGGGGAUGAGUUCUUCAUCAUUCUGGAGGGUACAGCCGCGGUGCUGCAGAGGCGCUCCGAGGACGAGGAGUUUGUGGAGGUCGGCAGACUGGGACCCUCAGACUACUUUGGUGAGAUCGCCCUGCUGAUGAACCGGCCCCGGGCUGCCACUGUUGUUGCAUUGGGCCCCCUCAAGUGUGUUAAACUGGACCGGCCCCGGUUUGAGCGAGUGCUCGGCCCCUGCUCUGACAUCCUGAAGAGAAACAUUGAGCAGUACAACAGCUUUGUUUCCCUCUCUGUCUGAGCGACUCGGACCACCUUUCUCUCCUGCAGGGUCUAACACACAUCUGCUUCAUUUUCCCGCUUCUCUCUUCAUAUGGUGCCACCCACAUAACAGGACUUCAAUAUGUCUGAUACUCCUUUAUUUGAUUUAUUUUUGUAGAUGUACUCAGGAGAUGUCAUUGGUUUCCUAUGAAGGGAAGAGCGUCAUCCCCUUAAGUUGUAAAUAACCACAUAGGUAUUUUGUUCACUUUGAAGGUGUGGUUGGGAUGAAAUAAUGCUGUGUGCAUGACUGACUGUGUGUUCACACUGCUCACUGAGAGUUCAGAGGUCUGUUACAGGUUCUAGAAGUACAGGGAGCUCGCCAUAAAUGGACAUCAAGGAUCAAAUCUAGUCUAUAUUCUAGUUGCAAGCCUUGUGAACCUGGAAAUGUAGAGUAUGUAUCCUCAGCACAAAGAAACUGCUGGAUGCUAAGGUGCAUUCAAAGUUGCAUUAAUUAGCAUAUGCAUUCAAUAGCUAUUUCACAUUUUGGAGUGGUUUUGGAGGUUAAUGAGGAUGUUGAAUCCAUUUUUCGGGAUCAAAAAUGGCAGUUUUAGUCCCCUAAAGAUUGAAAAGGUACCCAAAAUUCAUAAAGAAAGUACUAAUAUGGCCACUUUCUGGUUAAACUGCCAUUUUUUUAUCCUGGAAAUGUCAGAAUGUUCAGCAUCCUCAAUAACCUCCAAAACCACUCCCAAAUCAUCCAAGCAUUUUAAAACUAUUGUCUGCAAAUGCUUAUCAAUACUAAUUUACGCAACUUAUAAUAAUUGUGCAAACUGCCCAACAUAUGCAGGUUAGCAUCCGGCAGUUUCUAUGUGCUGGGGACCCUAAUAUACAUUUCUAACAUAAAACUUUGGGGUUCUCAACAUUUCAGGGUUAACAAUAAGCAAACUGACUACUAUGUCUUGGUAGAACGUGCAUAUGCAAUAGCUGAUGUAAAUAGAUGAGUCAAAUUUAAGACGGGAUAGAAAAGGUUGCAUAGAAAUACAGUAUGAGAGAAUAGUUAUGUUCCACGGUUUGAUGUGGUGAACAAUGAUAGUUCCUCAGUAUCAGGUUACAAAUGUUGACAGUGUGAAUGCACAGUUAGUUGCUUCAUCCAGACAUCUCCAGUGUUCAUGAAGAGGCUUUAUGUUUGUGACGGGGAAUGCCAAAAGGUUCACUGUUUGCUCAUUGUUGAGAUGUUUUUAGCCAUGUUAGCAUCUGGGUUCAGCCCGUGUUGGUUAGCUGCUUUGGUCUGGACUGAAAUAUCUCAGCAACUAUUAAAGAAUCCAUGUCCCACUCAGGAUGAUUUGAAAUCCUUUUGGAGAUCUGCUGACAUUGCUUUAGCACCACUCUCAGCAUUUGUAAUUGAAUCAAUACUUUUAUCUAACCAAAUGCCCUAAACCUCAGCUCCUGUGCUAAUAAGCAAAUAGGACAUGUUAGCAUGUUGAUGUUUCUAUUCAGCUCAAAGCACCACUGUGCCCAGGAUGGUCUCAGAGCCAGCGUGGCUUCAGUCUCCUGUGUAUUCUUUUAUUUUCUUCCUGCUUUUGAUCUGGCUCUGAUGUGGACACGCUUUUGUUUAAGGGUUGCCUUGACAUUAAGAUACUUAGGUUUCCUGCAUAUCGUCACACAGUUCUACAGAAGUACCAGCCGUGAACCUACAGCAUCCAAAUCAUUUCACAUUAAACCUUUCUCUUCCACCAUCGCUUAUUUUAAAUGAGCUUUUAAUUCAAACUUCUCCAUUUCAUCUUCAUUUUUCCGUAUUAAUAAAAAGUCAUUUUCACUAUCAUUUUACAUUUUCUUUAUAAUCUUUUACAUUUUAAAAUGUAAAUAUUUAAGUGUUAUAUUCGGCAGUGUUAGGUACUGCAAAUACCUAACACACUUAAAUAUCCUGGUUUCCCGUUAUCUCCCUUGAUCAUAUCAUAUUUACAGCUCUGCUACAAAUCUAUAUAUUGAGAGUAAAUAUCUUUUGCCAAUUUUGUGACGUACAAAAUGAUAUAAUCAAAGAGACAAAUGUUGAUGUGCUCUUGAGUUCACUGUGAAGUGUACUUCUGUCAUGCUUACACAAGAAAAAAGCCAAACAAAAAUGUUUUAUGCCGUAAAUAUGGAAAACACAGCUGGUCCUGAACACUGACAAUUUCCAUAUUUGCUUUUUUAGGCAGAGGCAGAGCCAUCUUGACUCUUUGACCCAAAUAUAUGUCAUGCUCCAAAAAACACUGGAUCCUACAUUUCCUAUAAAACAAUCCGUAUCAUCACUUGUUAAAAGUCCCACAGCCUUUCACAGAAACCCCUUUACUGUAAAGAAUUGGAGUUGUUAAAUGUUGUGAGGCAGCCCUUCACUCUCUGUUAAAGAUGGAAGAGGAGGAGGAUUUGAGUACUUGAGAUACAGGCCCGUCUUACAGUUAACAAAUCUACAGGUAUGUCCCUUGUUACACGUGUGUAUUUGGAGGUACAGUAUGCAAGUCAAAGUGUCAAACAGUCCCUGUCUCACACAUGCUGGUCAUUCUGUCCCCUCUUCUCUCAGAUGGAGACAGUCCUUAUUUUGAGCUUGCAGUUUAUUGAUGUGUUUGAUAUAUAUUUUUGUAUAAAACACCAGUGUUAAAUGUGUCUGAACUUUUAUGUUUAUCAAAUAUGUCUUUAGAGUGUUGCACCAAUAUGUAAAGUAGUGUCAUUUUGACUUGGUACUGUAUUAUCAUUAUUAUCAUCUAUGUUUUCUGACUUUAAAGUACUUCUGACUCACUCACUGCUCCUCUGCAGAUCUCUUCAGAGGAGCAUCCUUCCUGUAGUUUUGGUGCCUUUCUUCAGAUUGACUGGAGUGAUUGUGCUUCAAUGUCUGUGUUUUGGAUUCUUCUGUAGGCUGUAUUUACAGCGGUUCAAGCAAUAAAGAGAUCAGAUUUUAAUGUUGCCUAAUCUCUUGACCCGUAGAGAGCCCUGACCACAUUUAGUUUCAACAUCUGUUUUAUUUUCUAAUAUCUUUACAUUGUUUAUGUCCUGCAAUGCUUAUAAUGUCCUUAUAUUUGAAGUACAUUUGCUUUUCAGUAUUUCCAUUGUAUUCUUUCUUGUUCAACGACUGUAAAACUAAGAUAAAAAUGUACUUUGUAUCUC